AUGACAAGCGCCGUGCCGAACAUGGCAGAGAUGAAGAUGUAUGCGAAUCCUUCCAUGGAUUUUACGGAGCGGUUGGAGGGAGAUGUGAAGAACGAGAUUAUGGAAGAACUGAGGGAGGCGAAGGCAGCCGGCGCCUCCCCCGAGGCGAAGUCGACCAUGAGCCGAAUUUCCACCGAGGCGUCCGUGGACGACGCCGCGGUGGCGCCCGUCCAGUACGAGGCGCAAAACUUGGAGGUGCCCGUGGUCAUCGUCACCUCGGAGAUCCAUCCGUGGUCGAAGAGUGGUGGACUGGCUAUUGUGGCAGCCCAGUAUGCCUACAACUUCGCGACUCGCGGUCAUCGUACCAUGGCCAUUGCACCCAUGUACGACAACUACGAGGGCGCCUUCUACCAAUGCACCAAGAGUUUUGAACUUUUCGGUGGAGUUCAUGAGGUACGUUAUUUUCACCACUUUCAGAGCUACGGUGAAGGCAAAGGUUGCGACUACGUCUUUGUGGACCAUCCAUCCUUCAGAAGGCCUGGAGGGCUUUACCACAAUCUCACAGACAACCAGGAAUACUCCGACAACCUCUUCAGGUUCGCCCUCUUCUCUCUGGCGGCGCUGGAGGUUCCCGUUGCCAUCGAGCUGGGCGGCGCGCCGCGCUACGGCGGCAAGGUGAUGUUCAUUGCCAACGACUGGCAAACUGGUUUGCUGCCGGUCUACAUGGUUCAUCGGCACAGAGCCUUUGGAAACUACAACGACGCCCGCUGCAUGUACGUCAUUCACAACUUGGGAUACCAGGGGUGCUAUCCCCUUCGACUUGGCUUGCCGGGUACUAUGCAGUACGACAACUUUGCACAGCUGGGUCUUCCCUUUGCCGCUCUGGGCGAUCUGAUCUACCAGUAUCCCCUGCACGAGAGAACCUUCGAAGGUGAUUCAGGAGAGACGCUGAAUCUCACCAAGGGAGCGAUCCAGUGUUGUGAUCGCAUCAUCACGGUGUCUCCUACCUACGCGGAUGAGAUCCGAACACCCGAGGGUGGCUUUCGUUUGCAUGAUUUUGUCGCUGGGAAGAGCUAUUUUCUGGUGGGAAUUUUGAAUGGUAUCGAUAGCAGCUGGAAUCCCACGAGGGAUAGUAGCAUCGCCUCGAAAUUCUCCGCCGAUCUCUCCGGGAAGCUGGAAUGCAAACGCUACCUGCAGCGGAAGUUGGGGUUGAAGGAGGACGACAACGCCUGCAUCUUGAGUUUCGUCGGCCGCCUCACCAAUCAGAAAGGUAUUGACUUGAUUGGAUCUUGCAUCCAUUGGAUCAUGGAGGACAAUAAAGAUGGUCUUCAAAACGUGCAGCUGGUGAUGAUGGGCAAUGGUGAAGAGAACUUCGGUCGCAUGUUGCAGUGGGCCGAGAGCAGUUGGAAGGGCCGCAUUUGUGGCUACUGGGGCUUCAGCCCACAGGUGGAGAAGGAGAUCAUCGCGGGCUCCGAUUUCUUCCUGAUGCCAUCCAGGUAUGAACCCUGUGGAAUUCCACAGAUGUGCGCCAUGAUGUACGGCACCAUCCCCAUCGUCCACGCCACGGGCGGCUUGAAAGACUCCGUAAAAAGCUGGUACUCCGAGAAGGAAAGCUCCACAGGCUUCCAUGUUUGGCCGCUGAACGAAGACAGCUUGAAAAAGGUGAUCUUCGACGGCCUCCAUUUGUAUUUCCGGGAGCCCGAGGAGCUCCAGGAAAUGCGCCGGAGAGCCAUGGCCCAAGACUUCAGCUGGUCGCGGGCCAUCGAUGACUACGAGAGACACUUCGAUUGGACCAUGGCGGAUCCACCCUUCUGGGGCAGGCGAACGAAGCGAUGGCAUGGGCGGUGCUGA